CUUUGGAGAAGGGUCUCUUUCCUUCCUGUCACGCCCCGUCGUCCUCGCGCUCACAGACAGACACACCCGAGCGGGGGAGGGCAGAUGUCGUGAGCCGGUGGCUGAUUGAGUGAGUCGAGUGACAAUUGUCGAGUGAUGACGACUGGCCGAGGGCAGAUGGCGUUGCUGUCUUUGCUGGAGGAGGUGGUGGGGAGCGAUGUGCUGCCCCAGGGACUUUCGCUGUCCUUCCUCCGACGAGCGGGGAAGGAGGCCAAGGCCUGCCCCGUUCCUGCCAACAUCAGGUCCAAGUCCCUUGUCAACAGGAGAGGUACGUACGUGCCCUAGAUAGACAGACAGACAGACAGGGAGGGAGGGAGGGAGGGACACAACGACGCGAGGCGGGACAGGCAGGGGCAGUGAGUGGGGGGAUCUUGGGCAGGCAAUCGCAAUCACUCGACCUUUGUCUUUCUUUCUUUGUGUUGUCAUCGUGUGUCUUUUCGUUGUGCUGUGCUGUGUUGUGUUGUGUUGUGGUGUGUUGUGUCUUGUCCGUUCACAGCUCGGUCGUAUGAAGCCGACGUGUGCACGAUGGGUGUCAGCCAGGCGCCAACGCAGCCGGCAGUGCGGCCCUCGUCCUCAUCAGCAACAUCAUCAUCAACAGGAUCGUCAUCCCGGUGCGUCGGCCGCACCCUCCACCCCAGCCCGUCUCUCCACCAAAGCCCCACACACAGAGAUAACUCUCUGUCUCGGUCUAGGACGGCCCGCAAAUCCGGCAGGGCGGCCACCACGGCCGCCGUGUCGCCACCACAGAGGCCCAAGACCACUCCCGACCUCCGGGGCCGCCGGCCCUCCCCUCCACCCUCCCCCUUGACCUUCGCACCCUCCCCCUCGCUCUCGCCCCGUCAGCACCAACACCAGCACCAUCACCACCACCACCCUCUGCGGCCGAGGUCGCAGAGUGAGGACCUCACUGCGUCGCACAGAGAGCAGCAGCUGCGGUGCGGCGAGGAUGACGUGUCGACGCCCCCCAUGGCGAUGGCGGCGAUGAGCGGGUGGGGGUGUGCCAUGGGCCGUGUGGACGAGUUUGUCUUUAGUAGUAGUGACAGCCUGUGUCGUCAUGGCGAGUAUGGGGCCUGGGAGGGCCUCACGCCGUCCAGGGUGUAUGGGGCGGAUGAGAGGGUGUCGGGGGUGGGGCUGCCACCGGAGGGGCUGGCUGAGUGCGCGGCGCUGCGGAGGUCCGCCAAGGUGUGUCAUAAUAUGACUUUUGGGGCUUCGUCCGCGCCUUCAAGUGAGCUACCUGCGCUGCGCCGCCUCCCCACACACCAUCUGUCGGCAUAUGUGGAUGUCUGUCUGUCUGUCUGUCUGUCUGCUUGUCCUUUCUCUGUUUGUUCUUGCCUCUUGUGUAUCGCAUAUAUCAGAGUCGCUGCUUCCCCAGUCGCUGCUGCCCAUCCCCCGAGCGUAUCAAUACCACUCCCGCACUGCCUACCCAGCCACCGCACAGACAGCUGUCGUCGGGCCGUCAUCACGCUGGCGCAGCGUGCACACCAACAGCAACAGCAACACCAGCCCCAGCACCAGCACCACAUGUGGCGCCCACCCCGCCAGCCCCACGGCGGCCGAGGGCAGCGACCUCAUUCUCUGCGACAAGACGCAGCCCGCAGCAGCGGAUGCCCACUUCCCCCGCGGCAGCCUCCCAAACAGCUGGGAGCCGACAUACUGGCCACCCGACGUCCUCGCGCACCUGCAACCGCACCCCUUCACCCAGGCCGACCUCGCCGACCGCCUCGACAAGACCUUGAAUCGGCCGGCCACUCGGAUGCCCUCAUCGACGUGUUUGAGCCCGGGUGGGACGAGGCGGCACGGCCUGGGCCUGACGCUUCAUUCAGGCGGGUGCAUCAUCCCCCGGGUCGACAAGGCGGCCACGACUGGCGGGGCGGACGCCUUCUUUCACGACGCCAUGACGUCGUCGGUCGGGGUGGCAGAUGGCGUGGGGGCGUGGGACGAGCUGGGCCUGUCUGCUGGGGCGUUUGCGCAGGAGCUCAUGUACGGCUGCCAGCAGGCCAGCCAGAGCAGGUUCCUGAGACAGACCACCCAGACGGGCUCGGGCGACGGCACCACCACCACACAGACGACGAUCCCGCCGGCCCUGCCGCCGUCGAUGGUUGCUAGCGAGAUACUGGUGGAUGGGUAUGAGAGCACCGAGAGCAUUGGGUCGAGCACGGCGUUGGUGGCGUGUCUGGACGGCAACAAGGGCAAGCUGGGGGCGGCGACGCUGGGCGACAGCGGCAUGAUGGUGCUGAGGCGGUCGGGCGCUGCGCGGGGCGCACACAUGACGGUCGUCAUGCAGACACGACCUAUGCAGGUACGUCAGUCGGUCGGUGCCAUGUCGGGUCGGUCGGGCUCAAUGGAUCCCUUCUCUCUCUCUGUCUCUCGCUGUGUGGAUGUGAUGUGAUGUGAUGUGAUGUGCCCUACGUGUCUUUCUUUCAGCACUACUUCAACUGUCCGUAUCAGCUGACGCGUCUGCCGAGUGCGGGUGGUCUGCGGAAGCUGCAGGAGGAGGGCGAGGGCAAGGCGCCCCUGGUGUCGCUCCUCACCCAGAUGUCCGCCUGCCACCUCGACACACCGGACAUGGCUCAGGAGUACGACGUCGAUGUCCAGGAGGUAUGCUACACGUUUGCACAGGCGGAGGGAAGGAGUGUGAUGGGUCUGGUCUGGUGUUGGUGUUGUGUGUGUGCAGGGUGACUUGUUGAUACUGGGGACGGACGGACUGUUAGAUAAUCUGUUUGACUUUGAGGUCUGCGGGCUGGCCACCAUGGCGCUCUCGCCUGCCGAGGCGGCCAAGAUACACGGAGACACCAACCAGGCCACACACCCACAGGUGAGUAAAUGAGUAGUGCGCCUUCAUUCACUCACCCAUCUCAUCUGGCCAUGUGUGUCUUGUCUUAUGUCCUUUCUCUCAGCGCAUCGCUCGUGCCUUGGCCGAGGCGGCGUAUCUGCGCAGCCACGACAAGGCGGGCAAGACCCCCUACGCCAAGAACGGUCGGCGUGCGGGCGCCCACCCCACGACGGCCGGCGGCAAGCCCGACGACAUCACCGUCGUGGCCUGCUGGGUCACCAAGGCGGUCUCCUCAACACUCACCUCACCCAUCCCGUCCCACCCACACCACCAGCCGUCCGGUGCCCGCCCCCCACACACAGCGCCAGCAGCAGGAGCAGCAGGAGGGUCGCCCGGCUCGGCCAGUGGCCCACCGGGGGUGGAAGCUGCCCCCUGCACAAACGCGGUGCUGUCACGGCCCAACAGGUGUUUCGUGGCGCAGCGGGGCUUCGUGGCGAGGGAGGGGCAGGGGGGUGGGGGUGCAGUGCCCUCGCCGCUGCUCAAGUAUAACAAGAGCUCGCUGAGUCUGGCGAGCGACUUCGCGAUGGGCGGAUGAGAUGACCACACAGCACAGCAUACACAACACAACACAACACGGGGGG